UGCAGAUCUUAACACCCAACAUAAACACAAGAUGGCGGAGCUACACCUGGACUCGGACAUCAGAAUUUGGGUAUUUUUGCCCAUCGUUCUGAUCACCUUCCUGUGUGGUAUACUGAGACACUAUGUCAGUGUUCUGAUCUCCACUCAGAAGAAGGUAGACCUCACCCAGCUGCAGGAUAGCCAAGCCAUGAUCCGGGCCAGGAUGGUGAGAGAGAAUGGUAAAUAUAUACCUGAACAAGCAUUCCUUAUGAGACGACACUUCUUCAACAACGAUGAGUCAGGUUACCUGAAGACAGUAAAGCGAGCUUCAGCACCACAACCCAUGACUGACCCUAAUAUAAUGGUCGAGAUGUUGAAGGGGCAGUUGACCAACAUGUUGCCCAUGAUUGCUAUUGGUGGAUGGAUCAACUGGACAUUCUCAGGCUUCGUUACUACUAAAGUACCGUUCCCGCUGACGCUGAGAUUCAAGCCCAUGCUGCAGCGGGGUAUCGAGCUGGUAUCGCUGGAUGCUUCCUGGGUAUCGUCAGCAUCCUGGUACUUCCUCAAUGUAUUUGGUCUGCGCUCCAUCUAUACCCUGGUACUGGGCGAGAAUAAUGCUGCUGACCAGGCCAGGAUGAUGGAAGAGCAGAUGUCAGGAGCGGCCAUGGCCAUGCCUCAGGACCCUAAGGUGGCCUUCAAGGCCGAGUGGGAGGCCCUGGAGAUCUCUGAACACAAGUGGGCACUCAGGGAGGUUGAGCUCGAUCUCCUGGCCAAGCUGGACCUCCACUCAACCUCUUCCUUCAACUCUCACUCUUACGCUACUGCUACAUAGGGCUCAGACUUCUCUACACGCAAGAAGAGGGGGAUUUAUUGAAUCUUCUAAGUUAAGGAGGAUUUACCGUUUUAAAAAAGGAUUUACUAUGUAUUAAAGGGGAUUUACAGUGUAUUCAAAGGGAUUUACAUCCAUUAAAGGGGAUUUACUUUCAUUAAAGGGGAUUUACGUCUAUUAAAGGGGAUUUACUGUGUAUUAAAAGGGAUUAACUACCA